AUGGUCAAAGCCGUCGCUGUUCUACGAGGUGACUCCAACAUCAAGGGCACCGUCACCUUCGAGCAAUCCUCCGAGUCCUCCCCCACGAACAUCUCAUGGGACAUUACCGGCCACGAUUCUGAUGCCGAACGAGGCAUGCACAUCCAUCAGUUUGGCGAUAACACAAACGGCUGCACUAGUGCCGGACCACACUUCAAUCCAUUCGGCAAGCAACACGGUGCACCUGAAGAUAGUGAACGUCACGUCGGUGACCUAGGCAACUUCAAGACCGACGGUUCGGGUAAUGCCAAGGGGAGCGUGACCGACAGCCACAUCAAGCUCAUCGGCGAACACAGCGUCUUAGGUCGCACCAUCGUCGUCCACGCGGGUACUGACGACCUUGGCAAGGGCGGGCAUGAAGAGUCCAAGAAGACGGGCAAUGCAGGUGGUCGACCAGCCUGCGGUGUGAUCGGUAUUUCCAACUAG